AUGUCUUCCCAAGCUGCGCAUCCGGCAUUGCUCAUCCCUGGGCCCAUUGAGUUUGACGAUGCCGUCCUCCAGUCGAUGAGCCACUUCAGCGAGUCUCAUGUCGGCCCGGACUUCGUGGCCACCUUUGGCGAGACCCUGAGCAUGCUCCGCCAGCUCUUCCAGACCACCGAUCCCGCGUCCCAGCCCUUUGUCCUCAGCGGCUCUGGCACUCUUGGCUGGGACCUGGUGUCAGCCAACCUGAUUGAGCCCGGCGAGGAGGCCCUGGUGCUGAGCACCGGCUACUUCGGCGACAGCUUCGCGGACUGCCUGGCCACGUACGGAGCCAAGCCGACCAAGCUCGAGGGCCCCAUUGGCGGACGACCCCAGUUUUCGGAGAUUGAGAAGGCGCUGUCGGAAAAGAAGUACAAGCUCGUCACCGUCACCCACGUCGACACCUCCACUGGCGUUGUGAGCGAUCUCAAGGGCGUUGUCGAGGCGGUCAAGAAGGUUUCUCCGGAGACGUUGGUCAUUGCCGAUGGCGUUUGCAGCGUGGCCUGCGAGGAGAUUGCGUUCGACGACUGGGGCUUGGACGGCGUCAUUACUGCCAGUCAGAAGGCCAUUGGAUGCCCUGCGGGAUUGUCCAUCUCGAUGUUUAGCGGACGGGCGAUGGAGACGUUCAAGAACCGAAAGGCACCUCCGGCGUCUUACUUUGCCUCUAUGAAGAACUGGACACCCAUCAUGCAAAACUACGAGGCCAAGAAGCCUUCGUACUUUGCCACCCCGUCACCGCAGCUUGUCCGUGCUCUGAACACUGCCCUGAAGCAGAUUCUGGCACGGCCGCUGUCCGAGCGCUUCCAGAGGCACAAGGAGGUGUCUGACAAGAUCAAGAAGACCAUCACCGACCUCGGACUGCAGAUUGUCGCAACCAAGCCCGAGGACCAGUCGCACGCCAUGACGGCCAUUUACUUGCCCGAAGGCGUUCAGAUCCCCGAUGUCCUGCCCAAGCUGUCUAGCAAGGGCGUCAUCUUUGCUGGUGGCUUGCACAAGGCGAUUGCAUCCAAGUACAUUCGCUUUGGACACAUGGGUGUCUCGGUUAUGGACCCCAGCAGGACGGACAUCGACAAGGCUCUCGAUGCCCUCAAGACUAGCCUGGCGGAGUGCGGCUACACGGGUAAAGCAUAG